CCGCCGCAAUGGUCCGUCGCAUCUCGUGGCGAGUGUUAAACUCCAUCGGGCAUCGAUUCAGCGAGCGUAUUAAAUACCUUUGAUUUCGGUGGAGCGGAUCGCGAACCAUCACCGAGAGGAUGACACCGAGCAAGCUGCCGCUUUUCGUCAUUCUUGUGCCACUCACUGUGUACGAGUACCAUUAUUAUGCUUUCGAAACCAAAGCGGCAUCGAGCCUCGCGACGUUGUCGUCCAAAUCGUUGACGAUCAGCAGCAAGAUGCCCAGAGCUACGAUGAACGAUAUUGUCUCGAAGAACAUCACCAUGGUCCUCGAGAAUCUAUUAAUGAAUUACGAAAACAAUCAGCUGCCCACGCACGGUAAAGGCGUGCCCACAGUGGUCAAAACCAAUAUUUUAAUUAGAAGUAUGGGUCCAGUAUCUGAGCUUGAUAUGGAUUACUCGAUGGACUGUUAUUUCCGGCAAUCGUGGCGUGACUCGCGUCUAAGCUUUCUGGGCCCGAUCAAGUCUCUCAGUCUCAGCAUCAAGAUGCUCGAAAGGAUCUGGCGUCCCGAUACCUACUUCUACAACGGCAAGCAUAGUUACGUGCACACGAUCACUGUGCCGAACAAAUUGCUAAGGAUCUCCCAGGACGGCGAUAUAUUGUAUUCCAUGAGGCUCACUAUUAAGGCCAAAUGUCCCAUGGAGCUGAGAAACUUCCCUAUGGAUCGACAAUCUUGCCCGUUAAUAAUGGGAAGCUAUGCUUACACAUCGGGACAGCUGGUUUACGAAUGGCAGGAAGGUAGGUCGGUAAACUUCGAGCCUGGAAUGACGCUGUCGCAAUUCGAUUUAAUGGGCUCGCCGUACAGAAAUCUCACGUUUAUUCGUCGCGAGGGAGAGUUCUCGAUAUUGCAAGUAUCUUUCAACUUGCAACGCCACACCGGAUACUUUCUCAUACAAGUUUAUGUGCCGUGCGUUUUGAUAGUCGUGCUAAGUUGGGUAUCCUUUUGGAUCCAUCGCGAGGCGACAAGCGAUCGAGUGGGUUUAGGUAUCACCACCGUCUUGACGCUAUCGACGAUAAGCCUCGAUUCCAGAACGGAUUUGCCGAAAGUUAGAUACGCUACCGCUCUGGAUUGGUUUCUAUUGAUGAGUUUCGGUUACUGCAUCGCCACCCUCUUGGAGUUCGCGGGUGUUCAUUACUUCACGAAGGUUGGUAGCGGCGAGAUUCCGUUGGACGACGAAGAAUGGGAAGAAUGGAAGGGCAUCGCGAGCGAGGAGUUCGAGGAUACAUUUCGCACUAUGAUCUCUUGCAGCCCUCAGGCUGUUCAUCCGGAGAUUAUCGAUACGAAUACUAGAAAGCGUGGUUCCCUCAUGUCCGCACUAUACAGUCAGGACGGCGUCACAUACGAAAGAGAUUCCUGCCAUUCCAUCACGGUCGCCGAUUCUUCAAAACCGUCGACCAUGGAGAGACAGACGCAAACUGAACUUAUUUUACCGAUAUGGCGACAGUUUCUUUAUUGCUUAGCAGGAGAUGAUGCUUUCAGGCGUCGCCGGCAACGAGAAGCGGCUAGCAACUAUCGAAAAUGCGGCGAUCGUAUGUCGAGGAGGCACAUAAACAGCGUGUCUUACAUCGACAGGGUGGCGCGGAUAGUCUUCCCCGCGUCUUUCGGUCUACUCAACGUCUGCUACUGGGUAGCCUACGUCACCUAUCAAGAAGAAUUUAAGUGGCAGGAUCCGCCGAUCGGGUCGAUAACGCCGAUCUCACAUUAACGAAAUAUCAGUAAUGACAAUGAAGCAAACAUAUAAUGUAUUACGAAACGGGAGAGCAUCGUGCCACUUCGUUCUUGAAAUUAAAUUGUCAAAUUUAUCUCAAAUUAAGUUAUCAAUCGUACGUACAUAUUAUAAUAUGUAUAUAUGUAGUAUAUAAUUUUUUAUUAAAAAUCGCGUAAUAUAUACGUAAUUCUGUGUUAGAGACUCUCGAAAUUGAACACGCGUUUGCCAAAUGUCCUGUAUAUGUUGAUGCCUAUUCCUAGAAUAAAAUAACGAGAAAUACAUAGACAAACGAAUUACAUUUUUCUCGUAAAUUUCCGGCUCUAUCAUAGUGAAAGUGUACAUACGAAUGUUAGGAAAUUUAGAAAGCAAUUUCUGAUUUUUUUCUUCUUUCUUCUCUUUCUCUUCACUAGAAGCCUUGU